AUGAGGUGACUUUUGGACUUUGGCGACAUGGAAGUGAACACUACUUUAAAUGAUUCUUAUCGGGUUCGUCAGGUGAUGCCUGAGCCACCAGCCUAUAUCUUCAUCCUUGCUAGUAUCUUCUAUUCUCUGACCUUCGUGGUAGGGUUCAUCGGCAAUAUUUUCGUCGUUACCCUUGUGUUUGGGUUUAAGCGCAUGCAGAGUAGAAUGAACUAUUUCUUUGUUAAUCUAUCGAUAACCGACAUGCUGAUUCUUCUGGUUUGUAUGCCCUCGGCCACAGUUGAUCUCUUCGCAAAGGAAGUUUGGUACUUCGGCGAGUUCAUGUGCAAAAUGGUUCAUUACACAGAAAAUGUUCUUACUCUGGCAUCCGUUAUGACGAUUCUUGCCAUAACUGCAGACCGCUUCAAGGGAAUAUGUCACCCAAUCCUUUCCAAGGGUCACUGGACCAACAUCCGUGUAUCAGUGGUCGUUACCAUAGUUUGGAUUCUGGCCAUUGUAUGCAGCUUGCCUACGUUCUUUUUCCCUGUUUUCAAAGAUUCUACAUGGAAAGAUGGCACCCCAAUAAAAGUUUGUAGAAUUCCUAUUAAUAAAGAAUGGAAAGUAGGUGUCCUUCUGGCCAUAUUUAUUCUGUUCUUUGCCAUACCGUUUUUCGUGCUCGCCGGGCUGAUUUUCUGCAUGGGUCGCGCAUUAUUGUGGCAGCAUAACCUUCAAGAAGGUCGAGCGGACAAAGAAACUAUGUAUACUCUAAACAAACGACGACGAGUAGUCGUUAUGCUUAUUCUUGUUGUGGUAGCCUUCUUUUUGUGUCUACUGCCACAGCGUAUUUUGGGUCUGUGGAUUAUUUUCACAGAUCGGUCAAAUUUGGCUUCUCUUGGUCUGGAGGGAUACUUAAACAUCGUAACUUUUACCCGUGUAAUGGUGUACAUAAACAGUGCCAUGAAUCCUGUUAUUUAUAACUGCAUGUCCACAAAAUUCCGUGGAGCACUCAAGGAUCUCUGUUACAGACGACGUCAUUAUAAUUCCAUCAGUCGUACGCACGCUAUAACCUUGACCACAAUUCCGUCAUCAGGGUCAUGUUAUUCAGCUCGCUAA